AGGAGCGCAGCGCAGCUCCUCUCUGUAUAAGAAGUGUUGAACGUUCAACAAGGGAUUUUACACAGCUACUCAGGAGAAACGAAAUGAUCUGCCCUGGAGCCGCAGCAAAAUGCUGGAUGGACACCUACUCCUGGGAUGGUUAUCGUUCACAGUUAUAAUGUAUCUUCUCAACUUGCCUGGACCAACCACAGCAUAUUUCGGGUUGACAGGUAAUGAACCAUUGUCUAUCCUGCCACUGAACUCUCUACCAGAGGAGAACGUGGGCAGGGCCCACUACAAGCUGUGCGACCGGCUCAAACUGGAAAAGAAGCAGCGCAGGAUGUGCAGACGAGACCCGGGCGUGGCGGAGACCCUGAGAGAGGCCAUCACCAUGAGCGCCCUAGAAUGCCAGUAUCAAUUCCGCUUUGAGAGGUGGAACUGCACCUUAGAGGGGCGCCACCGAGCCAACAUACUAAAGAGAGGAUUUAAAGAGACAUCCUUCUUGUAUGCCAUCUCCUCGGCGGGCCUGACCCAUGCAAUGGCCAAAGCUUGCAGCGCAGGACGCAUGGAGCGCUGCACGUGUGACGAGGCCCCGGACCUGGAAAACCGCAAGGCGUGGCAGUGGGGAGGCUGCGGAGACAACCUCAAAUACGCCAACAAGUUUGUCAAGGACUUCCUGGGCAAACGUUCCAACAAAGACUUACGCGCACGCGUGGACAUGCACAACACAAAUGUGGGCAUGAAGGUAAUCAAGGCCGGAGUAGAGACCACUUGCAAAUGCCACGGCGUCUCCGGCUCCUGCACCGUCCAAACCUGCUGGAGGCAGCUCCUGCCCUUCCACGAGAUCGGCAAGCAGCUGAAGCAGCGCUAUGAGACCUCCAUCAAGGUCGGCAGCUCCACCAAUGAGGCCACUGGGGAGGGAGAGAUCUCCACAGGCCGGAGCCAGCAGCAGCAGCCCCUGCCUGGCCUGAACGAUCAGAUCCCUCGCACUAUGGACUUGCUCCACAUCGAGGACUCACCCAGUUUCUGUAGACCCAGCAAGUACUCGUCGGGCACAGCAGCCCGCAAGUGCUACAAGGACAAGAACUGCGACGCUAUCUGCUGCGGGCGAGGCCAUAACACUCAAAGUAGGGAGGUGACCCGGCCCUGCCAGUGCCAGGUGCGCUGGUGCUGCUAUGUCGAAUGCAAGCAGUGCACACAGAGAGAAGAGGUCUAUACCUGCAAAGGGUAAACCAGUCACCUGUCAGCCCCUACGAUCAGUGGAGCAAGUGAAAGAUGGUUGUGUUGAAGAGGAAUGGUUGUUUUGUUCUCAAAUAAAGUUUUGCUUCCACUGUCGGAACAGUGUUCUGCAAAUGAAAGAGGAGCGAGCCGAUGGAGAAGCAAUAAGCACUUUGAGGGAUUUCUGUGGGUUGGGUUUCAGAGCUCCUGUGGCCCCCCAUGUCUGGGGUUUGCAGAUGAAAAAAACCUUCUCAGACAACUGGGUCAACAUCUCAAGCUUUUUUAUCACGGUUUUGCCUUGAAGAGAGAAGCUUUUAUUUUCCCAUUUAAAAAAAAAAAAAAAAAAAAAAAAAAAAAAAAAAAAAUCAAUUGCAUCUUUUCACAAGAAAACAGAAAUUAGCAUCUGGUUAAUGAGGAUCCAAGACAAGGACAGUAACACCAACAGACUGGUUUCUGGGGCCUUGCCCAAAGAAGAAUGGCGCGUGUGUGUAUGUGUUUGUCAAUCUUUACAUGUGUGUGUUUGUCUGUGAGCUACGUGAUAGAUAGUGAGGGGGGAGGGGGUUCGUGACGACUUUUAUGGCAAUGAAAACCAUAUUCAGAGACUGCUAAAAAGAAAACAAAGACAGGGUGUAAGAUUUACUCUACACGCACAUAUUUACACUCACACACAUUGUGUGUUUGCAUAUGUAUGUAAAUAAAUUCAGUUAUAUUGUAAUGAUAUUAUACAAGCCACUUAUCUAACUAUGUUAAAACAAACCACUAACCACACAAAUGUUUUGUUGUUUGUGUGCUCUCACUCAUUUUUCUUCUUGAUUCAUGUCGACAAGGCCCUUUGGAAAGCAGCACACUUGUGUCAGUCGUCUUGCUGUGGAUAAUUUAUAGAUCCUUUGGGACUACUCCUACACAGGGAGUAAAAAAGAUCUAUUUUUUUUCUUUUUUGUAAUAAUAUAAUAUGAAGCUGUUAGUAAAUGCAUUAACAGAAAAUAACUAAACCAGUCAGUUUAGGCUAUUCUCGGCCUUGAGCGAACCAGUGUUCAGGGAAUAACUUAAACCACUAUAACUAUUUGGAUGAAAUAGGAGUGAAAUUGUCCAAGUUGGAGAUGACAGUGGCCUUGUUAUUACAGCCAUCAUCAUUGCAACAGGUGAUCACUUGACCUGCAAACGAUCCAUAUGUGACUCAGAUCAGAAAUUGUGGAGCUCUGCAGAGCUUAAAUCUACUUAUUAGGUUUUUUUUCCUUUUUUUUCCUUUAAUGCUUUGAAGUUGUAAAGAAAACUGUGGAGAAAUGGAGGAAUGUAGACCCCUACCAUUUCACAGCCUUCUUUCCUCUUCAGCUGCCACAAUUUGAUUGAGCCAUAUUCAACACAUGUAGACAUGCAGCACGUAUAGUGGGACCUGUGUCAGUCAGUCCAAACAGUAUGGGCCAACUGAGACGGUAAUCUAACUUGACGUGUCUGCAGAGUUGCUCAAGUGAAGAUGAAUGCAUAAGUUUCAUAGCUAAUAUAAAUAUAUUUUGUAAGACUAAUAUUUGUGUAAUGUUCUGCAAAUUGAUGUCUAAAUGCAAACAUUGGGGUUUUGCAAAUCUGCUGUCUUCAUUCAGAAGUCAGUGAAGUUGUUAUAAUACAUGAGUUAAUUUGCUUUUUCAUAUUGUUUCUUGGCACAAAGUGACACAAUUAACACAAUGCAACAUACUGAACCCUGUCAUGCAACUACAGUGACAGUUUAAAGGAAUAGUUUAAUGUUUUGGGGAAAUACUCUUAUUUACUUUCUUGCAGAGAGUUAGAUGAUUGAUACCACUCCAAUGUCUGUCUGGUAAAUAUAAGGCUACAGCUAGCAGCCAGUUAGCAUAGUUUAGCAUAAAUGCUGGAAACCGGGGGCAAACCUGGCUCUAUCAGAGGUUAUCAAAAUCAGCCUAUCAGCACCUCUAAAGCUCACUAACAAGCAUGUUAUAUCUUGUCUCGUUUUUACACUUCAGUUUUUGUACGGAUUGAACAAACAAGAUAUAACAUGUUAAUCAGUGAGGUGCUGCUAGGCGGAUUCUCUUACCUUCGAAUGAAGCCAGGUAGCUGUUCCCCCCCGUUUCCAGUCUUUAUACUAAGCUAAGCUAACCUGCUGCCGGCUGUAGUUUCAUAUUUACCAGACAGAUAUUAGAAUGGUAUCCAUGUUCUCAUCUAACGCUCGGCAAAACAGUGAAUAAACAUAUUUCCAAAAAUGUCAAACUAUUGCUUUAAGAUAUAACCAUGAAAUCAAAGGUUUAAUUUUAUAAGAAAUGCCUUUGUACACACAAAGAAUGCAGACAAUAAUAUUUCAUUGUAUUCUCAGCACUUAGCUUCUGAGAACCUUGUUAUAUACUAUAUAAUAUGCCUUGUUUUAGAUGGGUGUGAAUUAACUACUGAGUGAGGGACCCAGCUUUGUAUUAUAGUGACAUUCACGCACUGAAGCCCAAAAGUCCUUUUAAAGUAUUCUAAGAUCUGUAUUUAUGGAUACAGUGCAGUGCAGAACCUUUUUUUUUAAAUUGUAAAUAGCAAAGGUUUCUUCUCCUGUGGUAUAGAGACAAAAGUGAGGCACAUGUUUAACUCUCACAAGCAACUGAAACAGAAAUUGGUAGCAAUAAGAAACGUUAGGGUGAGACAUUUGUGGAAGCAGCGCACAGCUGCUGUAACAAGACGGUUAUAGAUUAUAAUCAGCGAUACAGCACCAUGCCAAACAUCCUUAAAAAUGGCUUUUACCUUUAACAGACGGUUUAGUCUUUAAAGACGAUUAUCACAAUAUUCGAAAUUAAACCACCGUUCUGGACAACAAUAUCAUGCUUUAGGAAGAGAGCCUUGCAUGGGUUAUUUGUCCUGAGGAGAUGAAUUCCAAGCAUUUUGAUAUGAGAAGCCAUGCCAAAUAAAGACUGGUCAAAACAUAUACAUAGAACUUUGCACGCUACAUGGAAACCAUAAUAGCUAUGCUGAGACUCGAAGCAUAAAUGCCUGCUUCCCACAGCUUUUGGUGUGUGCGUUCUCCACACACACUCCUCGGUCCAAACACACUGAGGUUCUCUACUAUUGAACGGAUUCACAAUAGGCAUGACAGGAAUACCAAAUGCACACCGAGUGCAUGUUUGUUUGUUUAUAGAUUGUACAUAGGCCUAAAAAUUUCUCCCGAGAAAGAGAAGCAUGAUGCAGCAACCAGUCGGUUUUUAGACGUCACAGUCGUCCACAUUCUCAAAUCCAAAACUCUGCACUGUUUAGUUGUCAGUGGAUCAUGUACAAAAUUCUGUUUUGUAGAAAAAAAUAAAAGAUAAAUUAUUUUUAAAUAUAUUAUGAGCAUGUUUUUAGUGUAAAUAACGUCAAAGUCUAAAUUGAUUUUAUAUCCUGUAUUUUUUACUCUGUUUUUCUUUUGGGUGUUUGUUCCUUAUUGGGGUGGAGGCUUCGAGAAGCAGUGUAUACUUUAAACAUAUUUCAUUUCAUAUCUCAUCAUUUGCUGUUAUCUAAGCACUAACAAAUCCUAACAAAUUUAGAAUCAACUCACGUUUAGCUGUCUUUUAUUCAUGCGCACCAUCAUGGCACGUUUUUGAGAGUAUUAAAACAAAAUCACAGUCAUCAACAAUAUUUUUUUAUAGGAUUUGAUCUGUUUGUAUAAUCAACUAUUUUGUGAAAAGACUUUGUAAUGCUGGUUAUCACCAUAUGAUGCAGUAUAAACUCAUGAUUGCAUCAGUAUGGACGGGUUUAUACUCACCUUUGGAUCACUUUACAUGUACAUGUACUUUUUGUUAGGAUUUGUGCUGUGCUUGUAAAACAAAUAUAAAACACACUAACCAUGUAUUGCCCUUUGUGAUGAUACUACACCAACAAAGCUUUGUCCAUGGUCACUUAUUCAUGUCUUAUGGGAACCCUAAAUUAUUUUCCUCUACCUCAUGUGUAUAGCUUGUAGGUAUAAACAGAUCACAAAUGACUGGUAAGAAUGUAUUUAAGUUAUUUAACAUCUUUGUUUAACAAAGGCGAAAAAAAUCUGAAAUAAUAAAUGAAUUUUUAAAUUA